CCGUACUGCGACUUUAAGCCGAGUGAAAGCAAUCUGCUUGGCCAAUAGCCCCGGCAUUCGUGCAGUUGAACUCAACGAUGAAGGCGUGCGGUUUCCUAUCAUUACUCGCGAUAUUGUUUCUCGUUUUCAACGAUGCUCUGUCUCUGAUAAGGCCGAAACACGAUAAGGUUGUGGCCUGCUACGUCGCAUCCUGGGCGGCGUACCGACCGAAGAAUGGAAAAUUUGGGAUAAACAACAUCCGCCCAGAACUUUGCACACACAUCAUAUACGCGUUCGCAGGCUUAAAUGAAACGACGUGGACGAUCAGGAGCCUGGAUCCUUACAAGGAUAUCGAAAAUGCAGGAGGCGGCGACUACAAGAGAGUGACGGAACUUCGUCUGAAGUAUCCCGAAUUGAAAGUCUCCCUCGCGAUUGGCGGCUGGAACGAAGGCAGCAAGAACUAUUCCGAACUUGCCGCGUCUCCUGACCGGAGGAGGAGAUUCAUCGACAGCGUGACCACUUUCCUCGGGCGAUUCAAUUUCAAUGGUUUCGACCUGGACUGGGAGUUCCCUGGAUCUCGUGGCGGAGCACAGGCGGACAAGCAGAAUUUCGUCUCGCUCGUGAAGGAAUUGAGACAGGCGCUUAGCAAGCCUGACUAUGUAUUGACGGCAGCCAUAAGCGCCAAUAAAGAAGUGAUCGAUUCCGCGUACGAUAUUCCUGAGAUUUCGAAGUACCUCGAUCACAUCCACGUGAUGGCUUACGAUUACCAUGGCACCUGGAACAGCAAGGUUCUUCCUAACUCACCUUUGAAAGGUCAAGAUGGCCUCAACGUGGAAGAUACGAUCAACUAUUUGUUGAGCAAGGGAGCGCCUCCAAGCAAGUUAGUCCUAGGCUUGCCUAUGUAUGGAAGGACCUUCAUACUGACCAGCAAACCAAACUCCACUCAAGAGAGCCCCAUGAACCAGCGAAGCGAGCCAGAGGGGUUCAAGGGACCCUACACUGGUCAAAAUGGUUUCAUGGGAUAUAACGAGAUUUGCGAAGAAAUAGUAGACAACCCCCAAAGCUGGAGUACAGGAUGGGACGCAGAGAGCAACACGCCUUACGCGAUCAAAGACGACCACGUCAUUGUAUACGAUAACCCCAUUAGUAUGAAGACGAAGGUCGAAUACGCGAUGAAAAUGAAUCUAUCCGGCGUGAUGAUCUGGAGUAUAGAUACAGACGAUUUUCAUGGGCAUUGCGCGCCCUUGGGGGACUCCUUGGACAAAACGGAUCCCACCUUUCCAUUGAUGAGGUCGAUCAACGUUGUCCUCGCGAAUUCGUACAUCCCCGAGAAGAAACCAGACGACUCGAGGAAGAGUUCUUCCGCGCGAAUAUGCUUCGACGUUACUACGUUAACAUUUUUAGCGUUCCUCUCGUGGUAUGCUUGAAGAAAUACGGCGGUAGGGGAUAUGAAAAUGCCAAAAACUUGAUGGAAAUUGUACGCACACCAAGGACUGAUUCGUGAUCUCGAAAUAGCGAUUCGAAAGAGUUCCUCUGAAACUGACUAGAGUUAAAUUUUAGAUCAUACUGGAGCUUUUAUCAUGCGUGUAUAUAAGGAAUAAAAAAAACCACGCAACCGACCAUAUUGUAAGAAAGUGUAUAGACGAAUAGAAAUAUGAA